ACCCUGAGGGCCUGUGGCCUCAGAAUGGACAUGAGCCCCGUGGACCCAAACCUUCUCCGGGUAGAUGGCGUCCUUGAGUUGCUGCCCUUCUUCCGUGGACGCUGUCUCCGGGCCUAUACCUGUGGGGGUCAGCUGUGCCUGGACACAGCCUCAGGCCUCUCUCUGACCUAUGACUGGGACAGUCUGGUCCGGCUCUCAGUACCCCGGGCCCUUGCCGGAAGCCUGUGUGGGCUCUGCGGGGACAGGGCUGGAGGAAUACCAUCGUCUCCACUCUCUAGCCUGGCCGGUUCCUGGAAGGUGGCCGAGAUCCCUGGCUGUGGCCCAUUCUGUGGGCCACGCUGUCCACUCCCCUGCCCAGCUACUCAGAGUGGUCGCUACCGAAGGCUGGGCUACUGCGGACUUCUGGGUGCCUCGGCCGGACCUUUGGCCCCCUGCCACCGGGUCCUGAACCCCGUGCCCUUCAUGGAGGACUGCCUGGAUGAUGUGUGUCAACACCGGGGCUGCCAGCGGGCUCUGUGCAGAGCCCUCGUGGCCUAUGUGACGGCCUGUCAAGCACAAGGGGUCCGUCUCAGGCCCUGGAGGACGCCCAGUUUAUGCCCACUUCAGUGCCCGGCUCAUUCCCACUACGAGCUAUGUGGACCACGCUGCCCCCUGACAUGUGGGGACCUGAAGGGAGCCAAGGACUGCCAGGCUGGGGAUCAUUGCCAAGAGGGCUGCGUGUGCAAUGCUGGCUUUGUGCUUAGCGGGGCGACCUGUGUGCCAAGGGACCACUGUGGCUGCCUCCAGGCGGGCCGCUACCAUGCACUAGGGACCACUUGGUAUCCAGGCCCGGGGUGCGAGAGGCGAUGUCAUUGUGGUGCAGGUGGCACUGUGUCCUGUGGGCCAGGAACCUGCAGCUCCCAUGAGGUCUGCACCAUCCAUAGGGGAAUUCGAGGCUGCUUCCCAGAUGGUCGGGUCACCUGCUUUUUGGCAGGGCCAACACAUGGCCUGACCUUCGAUGGUCGUGUCUUUGGAGGCCUGGCUGGACAAUGUGCUUAUCUGCUAGCCCGGGCUACUGGCUCUGGUCUGGAGCCCUUUGGCCUCCAGGUGGAAAAGGAUGAGGCUGGACCCCGUCAAAUUCGUCUUAAUCUUUAUGGGCAUCAGCUAGUUCUAGAUCGCAGAACACCUGGCAUUAUCAUGCUAGAUGGAGAGCGCUGCCGGCUACCUCUGGUCCUGCCUGGAGGGCGCCUGUGGGUCACCCGGGAGGGCCGGUUGGUGGCCGUCCAGGCAGCCUGUGGCCUGCGCCUUUUCUAUGACUCUGCCCGACACCUGCGGCUGACCGUCCCGUCCACAUACCAGGGCCGCCUCUCUGGGCUCUGUGGGAACUUCGAUGCGGAUGGUGGCAUAGGUGACUUCGGCCCCACGGGCUCUUUGGAAACCUUUGUGGUCAGCUGGGCCCUUCCCGGGCCCGGCCCCUGUUCUCCUACUGGGCCCUGCCCUCCCUGUCCCCCGGGGCUAGACGCAGCCUUCUCAGGACCCUCAGCCUGUGGGCUCCUCAGGCUGCCAAGAGGGCCUUUCGGCCACUGCCACAGCUUCGUACGGCCUGAUCCCUUCCAUGGAUUCUGUCUACGAGACAUGUGCCGGGGCCGUGGAGGCCGACUGGGGCUUUGUGAUUCACUGACCGCUUACACAGAGGCCUGCCAGGAGGCAGGGGCCCUCAUGCAACCCUGGAGGGGUCCCAAACUGUGCCCCCUGAGAUGCCCACCCCGGAGUCAUUACAGCAUCUGUGCCCGUACGUGUGACCUUGGCUGUGCUCCCCUCCUCCGUCCUACUCGCUGCUCACCUCAGUGCUUCGAGGGCUGUGAGUGUGACCGUGGCUUCAUCUAUGAUGGGGCACGUUGCGUACCGCAGGAGCGAUGUGGCUGUUUCCACCUUGGCCGUUAUAUCCGGGUCGGGGAGUCUCUGGUCCUCCCAGGCUGCCAGGAACGCUGCAUCUGCCAGUCAAGGGGUCGCCUAAGGUGCCAGCCAUUCCAAUGUCCCCGAGGCUCGGGCUGCAUCCUGGACCGAGGUGUGCGCCUCUGCAGGGGGCCUCUGGGCAAGGGCAGUGCCACCUGUCGCCUGGUGCCUGGAGGUCUCUUCACCACCUUCGACGGCUUCCAAGGCAGAGUCCCUAUCCUUGCUGCCCCGGGUGCCUAUGAGCUGGCAGUCCUGGGUGGAGCUGACUCCCCGAAUCCUGCCUGGUUCCGGGUGGUCACAGAAUACCCGCCCUGCUCAGCCUGUCCAGCCCCACGGGCAUGGGUCGUCACUCGCUUCCGGGAUGGCUGCGUGGCUGUGGGGCCCAACAGGGAGGUCUGGGUGAAUGGGCAGAGGGCCCAGCUUCCAGCACCGGUCUGUGAAGGGGUCACAGCCCGAUGGGCUAGGGCAGGUAAGGUCCUUGUGGAGAGACCACCCCUUCUCCAGGUGCUGGUGGGGCCAAAAGGUGCAGUGGUCCUAAGGGCUGCUCGAGCCCUAGCUGGGCAGCUACAAGCUGCCUGUGGUGACUUCAAUGGGAACGCCCAGGAUGACCUUCGACUCAGGGGUGGGCUUCCUGCUACUAGCCUGGAGGACGUCUUCCAGUCCUGUCGAGCUCAAGACUUCAGUCCCUGCACAAAGAAGGCGCACUCUCCGGUGUACAACGAAGAUUAUUUUUCCACUUGAUAAUGAUGUAGCCGCUCUGGUCUGCGGUUACCCCCAACUCCCGCAAAGGCCUGGCACCUCUGACCAGGGCGCUGGCUGUCUCUGCUGAAGUCGUCAAUAAAUGGA